UCCUUUCUUUUCUGCUACCAAAGUACAUGCUGACUUCUCAUUAGAAAUGCCACAGCUGUCACCCUGUACUGAGAUACAGCAACGAACCCAAGGCAAAAAGGAAUGACAAAAUGUAAAAAAGGUAAGACUUUAAACAAAUACAACUUUAAUAAUGCUUUCCUAUUUCCUCUUAGCAUGGGCUGGUUAUUCUGUACAGAAGAGUUAUUUCUUUUCCCCGAAAGUCACUGUGAUAACAAGGGCUAGGAAUACAUGUUUUAAAUGAAAGCUGAGGAUAAUGAAAACACACAGGGUCAGAAGCUGGGGGUUUAUGGAAAACAUCAAACACGACGUCUCGUGAUGGAACAAUACGAAUUAUUAAGACUAAAUAAUCAUAAAAAGAACCCUGCAAUUUUCCAUCUGUUCAAGGCGGACAAUGCUUUGUUAGUUUUAGUGUACAUUCCUUUGUUCAGGCAGAAAGAUCCUCACCACAAAAGCUCUGUUAAUAGGCCAGAAGCUCUCAGUUUGAAAUUGACAAGAUUAAGCUUCACCUAACAGUGCUUAAACAAUGUUUAACAUAAUGAAAUACACAGAAAAAGUAAAAAAAUAAAACCUUUGAGGCUUUAUCACACCACAGUGGACUUCAGAGAUGCUGAUUAUGAGAUUGCGUUUGUACUAAAACAAUACAUUAAUUACCUGGAGAGGCUUGAAGUGAGGAGAAAGAUUGCAAGAGUGGAUUAUCAAACCCUCAGUCCUGACAACACUUGGAGCGAGACCUUUUAAGUGCUUGGCCACCUAUGUAGGUUUGUGCUACAUGGAGCUCUUAGUGGGUGUUGAGAGUCCUUCUUGGUGCCAAUAUCUAUCUUUGAGUGUCUUAUUCCUUUACAAAUCACCUGUUAUUUUGGCUUUUUCACACGGGGCUUGAACCUCAGUAAAAAAUCGACAAGAAAUCUGAAGAAACUGCCAACCAGACUGCGACUUCUUUCUUGAUGUUACAGCCCAGAGCAGGCAUGAAGACAUGUCAUGAAAAGAAAACCCAAAGCAUGAAGACCUUAAGUCCAUAUGUAUAUCUAAAUGUGUAUUUAUACAUGAGCUACCCUGAUUUAGCCAUUCCCUGCAAUGGUUCUCUGGUAUGGAAAAUGCUGACUGGAGCAACUCAGUAAAAAGGCAAUAUCUGAAGCACAGCGCUCACAGAAUUAACAACGGGUGCACUGCCUUCAAAACAACUUUUAUACAUGCUUAGAUUAUGCAUGUGCUCAAAUGCAUGGAUGACUGGAGUCUAUAAUUAAAAGUUUACUAUUAAAGUAAGUUUUGUACUGUAACGAACAAUACACUCCCUGAAACAGCAGACUAGAGACUCAGAAACAAAAAGAAGUAUUACCAUUUUAUUGAGGAUCACCUUAUGAAUUUUAUGCAUGAAAUCCUUUGUAGACACACCUGGAACUGCAAUAUUCAGUGGUCAAGAACCAAACGUGUCUGGGGAAGAAAUGAAAUCCUAUGUGUUUCUGCCCAGUUUAAAAGGGCAGCCAGCAGAACAGGGAUUACAUGGGGAAAACAGAAGCUAAAAUAUAUUAUUUUUCAGCCUCGAUGACAAUUAGUUUGCCUUAGAACCAGCUAUUCAUGCUCAGAUAUUUGCAUUAGGCCGUGCGGAUUGAGGUCAUCAUUUCUAUUCGACAAGUGACAACGCACUCCUGCGGCAGGUCAUGCAGGAGAGCAGACUGUAAUUAUUGCUGUUUAUCUCCAACAAAGGGCACUUAUCUCGGUGCAGCACUGGAUGCUGCUGUCACAUUUUCUGUUAGCAAUGCACGUGGUUACGAACCUCUGUUUGCUGCUGCCUGAGAGGAAACGACUCUAGUAAAGCACUGCAGUGAUCCCGAACUUGCUAAAACAAACAAAAAACACUGCUUUAUGAAAGGAUUCUACAAAAAAAAUCAGUUCCUUUAUACAGAGAAAACGCUCUGUUUUAAAGAUCUACCUAUUAUUGGCUUGUGGGAAAUGCCAGCCACGCACAGGCUUGUAGCACCUGCACAUGGCAGUACACCCAGCCGCCAGGAAGGCCUCGCCUCGCUUUGCCCACACAGAAGUCAGCGCCUCUCAGCGCACGUGCACUCACACCGCCUCGUCAACCACCGCGGUGCCAAGGCCGCAGAACCGGGCUCCCACAAAACCCGCCAAGGAAAGAACCGCUGACAUUCUCUACGCUAUACACACGUCGGCCCGCUCUGCGCCAAACUCCGGUUUGGCGGAACCGAACCCACAGGCCACCGCCGCCCGCGGAGCCCCCGCGCUGCGGCACCCCGCCCUCAGCCGGCACCGGAAGCGGCGGGGCGCGCACCGGAAGAGCCGGGCUCUGCGUGCGGCGGCGGCCGGCGGCGCUGGAUGUGCAAAGGUUGGAUGUGGAAUUGGCAUUGCUUUCUGUCAGAGACAGCCUAUUCAGGAGAGCUGAAACAAUGAAG